ACGUUACCCUCAAAAUUCAGGAUACAAAAGUGAAAAUUUCUCAAAAUCUUUUAACAUUAAAAAUGUUUCCCUUAACAAUAUUUUUGAGUUCGGGUCCCGAACUCAGCCCUAUUCGUUCCUCUCAACGAGAAUUCUUCUCCACCGAGUAACCCCACCCCCAUUCUCCAGUCUAACGACUACUGCAGUGUCGAGUGUCGACUUAACAUUACACCCUCUCAACUGGCUGGGAUUGAGGCAUACCAUUUCUAUAUUGAUUCAUCUGGUUUUAAUCACGUAUCGGUUAAGUACCCAUACACCUCUGCCACUACACAGUGGUGUAUAGAUACUUCGAACAUUGGUUACAAGGAUCUACCAGCUGUACCAGGAUUACUUUCUCCAUCAACAAGGAAAAUGCUUUUCUUCUUGUUUUAUUCAGAUUGUUCCUGAGGUAUUAAAAACUCAACGUGGGAUGAUAUGACUAUGGCAUGCUCUUGGUCUUCACAUCAUCAUCUUCACUUCAUAUGGCGGAAUCUUUAUUGCUUUAGAUGGAACUUGUUGGCUACUCAGAGGGUUGGAUGCAUGUACAAUUACCAGCUACAAAGUUGGUUUCAUCCAUAUUCAUCUAUUGUGCAUAGAAAGGUUUACUCUAAAUUUUCAAAUGGUUUGGAGUCAGACUUAUCUGGAACAGUUCAUUCAACUUCUCAUACCAUAGGGAUGUCAUCCAAUGUCAGACCAACACAUGUAGAUGUAGUUGAUGAUUCAGCCAAGUGUAACGAAAGUGAAGAUGUCAGUUUUAAUUCUUCGAAUGGUCGGGUGAUGCUCAUUGAUGGCACAUCAAUCAUGUAUAGAGCUUACUACAAGCUUCUAGCAAAAUUGCAUCAUGGUCAUCUAUCAGAUGCUGAUGGUAAUGGAGAUUGGGUCUUAACCAUUUUCACAGCUUUGUCUCUUAUUAUUGAUGUUUUGCAAUUUAUCCCUUCGCAUGUUGCGGUGGUGUUUGACCAUGACGGAGUUCCAUUUGGUCGUACUUCUAUUUCAUCCAAACAAAGUUAUAUUGCUAAAGGUUUGAAUUUUCGUCACACCUUAUAUCCCUCAUACAAAAGCAAUCGUGAUCCAACCCCUGAUACUGUAGUUCAGGGACUUCAGUAUUUGAAAGCAUCUAUCAAGGCUAUGUCGAUCAAAGUGAUUGAGGUUCCAGGUGUUGAGGCUGAUGAUGUGAUUGGAACAUUGGCCAUAAAUAGUGUUGCUGAUGGGUUCAAGGUGCGGGUUGUCUCCCCAGAUAAGGAUUUUUUUCAGAUUAUAUCUCCUUCACUACGUUUACUACGAAUUGCUCCGCGUGGAACUGAGAUGUUCUCAUUUGGAUUGGAAGAAUUUGCUAAAAAAUAUGGGACUCUGCAACCAUCUCAGUUUAUUGAUAUCAUCUCACUUAUGGGGGACAAGUCUGAUAAUAUUCCAGGAGUUGAUGGCAUUGGAGAAGUACAUGCUAUAAAGUUGAUCAGUAAAUUUGGUAAUUUGGAGAAUUUGCUGCGAUGUGUUGAUCAAAUUGAAGAGGAACGCAUCAAAAAGGCCUUGAUAGCAAAUGCUGAUCAAGCUUUGUUAAGCAAGAACUUGGCAACGUUAAGGUCGGAUCUUCCAUUCUACAUGGUCCCAUUCACAACAAGAGAUCUAGUGUUCAAGAAACCAGAGGACAAUGGAGAUAAAUUUAGAAGCCUCUUGUCAGCAAUUAGUGCAUAUGCAGAAGGAUUUUCCGCAGAUCGCAUCAUCAGAAGAGCAUUUUUAUUAUGGAAUAGGCUUUAAUAUGUUGUUGCACGAAAUCUUUGGGCAAUGUGGUCUUCGGUAGUCCUUGGCAUUUGAUGGCAAAGUACCCACUGCUCAGUUUCAAUGUAAAGAGAAGCACUGGCAAAUGGCAAUUGGUUUAUGUUUCUAGUCAUAAUGUGUAAUAUUUUCCAUUAGAACAGGUUCAAAGGCUGUUAGCCAUUUUAUUUUUACCUACGGAUACAUGUAUACAGAAAAACGUACUCUUACUUUUCGUAUCUUGGUCAUUUUUCGUUGGCAUUUUAAAUGAUCCCAGAAGGGUAUGUUAUCCAAACUCCAAA